AUGCCUCUUGCAGAAAAACUUUCAACACGUCGAGUUGAAACAGAUGGUGACAUUAUAAUUGAUCAAUUAAACCAAUGUCGAAAACUGCUUCAAGAAAUGCAAGCACGAAUCUAUGACCUUGUGCUUGAAUUACUUAAACUUCGUUUUCGGAUCGAUACUCAAGAACCUAUACCUGAACUAAAUAACGAAGAGUUAGAAGUCGAUUUGUGUUAUUUUUCAGUUAUUUCCACAUUCUUGGAUGAUCCUAAUCCCUCAGAAUCGAAGAAUAUAUUUCAAAGCCCAGUGGUAGCAAGAAAUAAGAAGCAUGACCAAAGCGACCGACGUAGUUAA